AUGAAACGACUGACUUCCUGGGCCGCAGGAACCCCACUGACCACGCUGACCCCAGGCCACAGUGGCCCCCGAACCACGCCCGCCGUGACCCCGGCCCGCGCCCCGGCCGCCCCGCGCCCUACACGCCGUGUCCGUUGGGCCUCCGCCCUGCGCCUCCGACGCAGCUCGCACCGGGCGCCCGGCUCGCCGGCCCGAGGCCUCCCCGUCGCGACGCCCGCCUCGGCCCGGCGUGCCCCGUCCGACACCCGGGCCCUCGUCCAGGCGCGGCGCCCGGAGGCCGCGCUCCGCUCGGUCACGGCCCCCCGGGCCCCCGGGGAGCGGGGCGCAGGCUUUGGCGGCCUUGGAGCCGGCCGCGCCCGCGUCAGCCUCCGGGCCCGCGCGGCCCCGGGCGGCGGCAUCUUCCUGAGCGGCCGCCGCGGCCUCUGCCUGCCGGCCGGGCGGCCCCCGAGCCUCGCGCCGCGCUGCCUCCGCGCGCACGUCCAGGUGCGCGCCCGCCGCGCCGCCGCUAACGCCGCGCCCGCGCCGGUGGACCUGCAGCUGUCCGCGCCCGGCGGGCGGCUCUCCCUGCGCUGGCUGUCCCGCCUGCCGCGCUCGCUCGGGCCUCUGGAGUGGACCUUCCGCCUCGGGCUGCUCGGGCCCGCGGCCGCCCAGAGCCGCGCGUUGCCCCGACGGGCUCUGCCCCGCGGCCGGCGCUCCUACCCGGGAUUCGUGGCCCGAACCGAGUGUCCCACGGACGGGCCCACCCCGGUCUUCUUAGAAGCUGUCGGCCCUAACAGCUCAGAAGCCACUGAGUCCUCCGUGUCCUGUCAGGUAUCCCGACCGAUGACCUGUAAAUUGGACCCCGUGCGGAUAAAUAGGAACGAUGAUAAACCCGUGCGACUGACCAGGGACAUGGGAGACACCUUCAAUGCAACAGUCAUCCUCUUCUGUCCAGUCCAACAGUACUAUCUGCGGAUUUGGUAUAUCUAUCCUGUGCCUUAUGUAGGGGCCGUGCCUGACUGGACUAAACCUAUGCAAAACCCACCCGUCAAGGCAGAUAGAACUUCAACAGUGUUGACUAUAUUCCCAUAUUCUUUCACUUGGGGGGUGUAUCUGUUUAAUUUCUCGGUAGUUGUCAGAACGUGGGAUCCCCGGGUUCCAGGGCAGGAGGACUCAGACAGCAUCUAUGUCGUCAUUUUUAGACGUCCCCUGAAUGCUGUUAUUUCAGGGCCUUCCAACAUCACAAGUAACUUCACAGAUGGGGUGACUCUCAAUGGAAAUACGUCUUCUGAUCCAGAGGAAACAGACCCUCUAGAGAAAGAGAGGCUUAAGUUUCUCUGGUACUGUACCACGAACCCAAGAGACUAUGAUGGACAAAAAAUAACAGUGAUAAGCAAGGAAGUGUGUCUCCCGGAGCAGGUUGACCUCAAGUGGACAUGGGCCUCUGGUCCUAUCCUCACCCUUUCUCCAGAAACACUUCAAGGUGGCCGUGUAUAUUUUUUCAGACUGGUGAUCCAGAAGACAGGCAGGUCAGCAUUUGCUGAUGCAACGCUGCGCGUGCUUCAAGGAAACCCAGUUGCAAGCAUCUCAUGCAUUGAAAAUUGUGACCAGGUUCUGGUUUUAUCAGAGAGAUUCUCGUUGUCUCUGGAUUGCACAGGUUGUACAGCAGGCCGAGAUGUCUAUCGGUGGUCCAUUCUGACGUCUUCAGGUCAGGAGGUGCCAUUUGACUGGACGGGGCAAACUUCAACAGGACGGCAUGGUGCUUAUGUGUCUAUAAAAGCUUUUGCUUUCUGGAGUUUCAAGGAAGAUAAGUUUUGGAUUUCUCUAAAUGCAGCAACUUGGAGUGGAGUCACGUUGGUCUUAAGGUAUCCUUUCAUUAUUCACCAUGUCCCUAUAACCAUAGACUGCACAAUUGUUCCAGAAAAAGGAAUUUCCUUCAUUACUCAGUUUGUUGUCAUUUGUACUCAUUUCAAGCAUAAGAACAUUGUUCUUACAUAUAAAAUAAUAGUUCCUGAGGUGCAUGGUUUUGGUGAAAUCAGUUCUGUGAAAGAGAAUAACUUUGGAUCCAUCCUGUAUUUGGGGAAGAAUUCCACAUCGCCCCCUUCCUUUCUCCCUGUUGGUGUGUUGGACAGUCAUUAUGCCUUGAAAAUAAUUGCCCAGGCAUAUAAUACCUCUCUGGGAGCUUUUUCCCAGGUGAACUUGUAUGCCACUGUGCGGCCUCCCACUGACGUAAAGUCAUCAACGACUGUGCUGGAGGAGUUAUCCAACUUCACCACGGGACCAAAUUCCUCCCUGUCCACUUUGCUUCAACAGCAGGAUUUUCUAAAUGCAAGUUAUUUAAUAUACGUAGUAGCUUCUGUCAUGAAUAGCAUGAAAACUGAUGCAAGUCUGCAAGCUGACAAAGUUAAACUCCGAGAACACCUUUUCAAUCAGACACUCAUUCUUCCUAUAAACACUUUGGCGAAUAUUAGCCAAGUGGUUAUGGCUGUUACUAAAUUAACAGAAAAAACCUCUGAGAUCAGUGCAUUCUCUCAGAAACUGGCCACAGUGAGGACUUGGCAAGCAAGCCAAGCCCUCCAAGAUAGUCAUCAGAGAGAUAAGAGCAUUUCUUCUGAGCAAAUAGAAAGUGUGUGCACUGGAAUAUUAACAACCUUGUCUAACAUCCUGAAGCUGCUGGUCCAUUAUGAAGUGUUCGAGGAGCCUUUCCACGUGGUUGAAUCUCUAGCAGACACAGUACUGGCUGUGAAGGUGCCAGAGAACAAGACCACUGCCUUGAGGACCUCCAACUUUAAAAUGCACGUCAAGAAAACUGAAAAGUGGAAUGUUACCAAGUUCUUCAGCACCCAGAAGCACUGUCAGAAUUGUUUUUAUCCCACCCUAAAUGUGAACAGCGUUGCUAGUCUGCCUGCCAACGCUCCCAUCUCCACGAUGUUCUGUGAAUUUGCGGAUGACCCUUUCCCUUGGCUAAAUCAUGGGGAAAACAUUUUGACCCAGGUGGUUGGAUUCCGAAUGACAGGAGUCGAGGUCACGGGUGACGUGAUUGAGAUGCCACCUGAUGCAGUGGAAGUGUACCUCAUCAGGAAAAACCUGAGCUUUGGAACUUUCAAUCUCACGGUGGGACCCAGCUCAGAGCCUUACGCAGUGGAUGAGUCAUCGGCAAAGACGACAGGGGCGUUCAGCUUUGUUGUGGACAGUGCAGCAGGGAGGGACGUGUUGAUCCACAUCCUGACAGACGUGUCCGUCUUGUUCACGGUGUCUGUGUACGCGGGCCGUGAGAUCACACCCAACUCUUUUAUGACCAGCUACCUGGUGCCCCAUAAAAUCCCUCCAAUUGCCAACGAGAGUGACCUGUUUGACCCGGAGUGUCCGGUGAAGGAGACACGGGUGGUCUGCCUCCCCGCGGCCCUGGUGCAGGUCAUAGCUCAGCGAACCGAUUCCUCUGAGUGCACCGUCGCUGUGGUUCUACAGGCACCUCGUUUCGUCCUAAACCCCAAUAACAAGUUGGUGAGAAUUUCUGUUUUCAGCACUGAAUGUUUGGACAUGUUUGGGAUCCAGAGCGACUGGAGAGAAGACACCUGCGUUGUGGGAGAGAAGACCACCUGGCAAAGAGUGCACUGUAUGUGCAAGAACCCACGGCGGGCCAAACGGCAGCUGGAUAUAAUCAAACAGGCCAACCUUCGCCUGCGUACCCACUAUUUGACGGCCAAGGUGAUCGUGGUCCCUAACCCUGUGGAUUUACGAGUGGAGGCCGUCAAGAACGUCACCCAAAACCCUGUGACUCUCUUCACGGUACUUCUCAUUAUGUUGUUGUACUUGAUCCUUGCGUUCUGGGCCUUGCACAGAGAUGAAACGGACCAGUAUCUUAGGGAGCAUGUGAUAGUUCUCCUUGAUAACGAUCCUUAUGAUAAUGUGUGUUACCUAGUCACUGUUUUUACAGGAAGCCGUUGUGGUUCUGGCACCAGGGCCAAUGUCUUUAUCCAACUGCAUGGAACCGAAGGUAGCAGCGAUGUGCACUGUUUAAGCCAUCCACAAUUUACAACUCUCUACCGAGGAAGCAUCUGCACUUUCCUCCUAGCGACGCAAAAGGACUUGGGCGACAUCCAUUCCCUCCGCGUGUGGCACAACAAUGAGGGCAGGUCCCCUGAAUGGUAUUUAAGUAGAAUCAAAGUGGAGAAUCUGUUCACCAGACACAUCUGGCUCUUCAUGUGCCGAGAAUGGCUUUCUAUUGACACAUCUCUGGAUCGAACCUUUCAAGUUACCCCCCCAGAUAAGCCUCUCAAGAAAAUGGACUUUUUCCUCAUAGAUUUUAGUUACAAGCUGGGGAGAAGCCACUUGUGGUUCUCCGUUUUUUCUGGUGUCAUUUCUACACCGUUCAACAGGCUCCAGAGGCUGUCCUGUUGCUUAGCCAUGUUGCUGUCCACGCUUCUCUGUAAUAUUAUGUUCUUUAGUCUAGAGAAGGAGAUCGAAGCAGAGCCACAAGAGCAAAAGUACAUCAGGCCGAUGGUGAUCGGAUUGGAAAGUGCCUUUAUUACCCUCCCUGUGCAACUAGUGAUCAAAUCUUUGUUCAUCUAUUCCCAGAGGAGACCUCGGGUGACUCUAAGUGAGGUCACUCCUCGGAAACAUCCUUUGCAACCGCCAGCAAGUGAGCACUGGGAAGAACGAUUGGGAAACUGGCAUGCCUAUGAAACUGCCAAGGCAAGCUCCCAGGAGCCUAUGUCUAAGAGACAUCGUGCAAAGCCCAAGGCUUCUGUCAACGUCACCUCUAAAAGACAGCCCCCGGCCAAGCAAGCAGAAAGCCAGGGGUUUCCCAUCAAAAGCAAGGUCUCCCGAACCCAAAGCAAGGUCUCCAGAGCCCAAAGCAAGGUCUCCAGAGCCCAAAGCAAGGUCUCCAGAGCCCAAAGCAAGGUCACUCAAGCACAAAGCAAAUUCUCCCACAUCCAAGGAAGAAAUAUAAACACCAACAGCCGAAAUAUUGAAGACAAUACUAAUGUUUCUGAUGAGCAUCCUCCCCAGCCAGGUUCGAGAGCCCUUAAAGAGAAGACCAGAAUAGUCCUGCCCCCAUGGUGUGUUUGUGUCGCCUGGCUCUUGGUUUUCCUUACCUGUGCAGUAUCGUCCUUCUUCAUCAUAUUUUAUGGGUUGACUUACGGCCUGGAAAAGUCAACAGCAUGGCUGUUUGCAUCGUUCUGUGCGUUCACGCAGUCAGUCUUCCUAGUGCAGCCAUCAAAAAUCAUACUCGUGUCCGGCUACAGAACACGGAGGGCCAAGUACUGCAAAAACGUUUCGUGGAUCGGCAAUAGCCGCUUCACUGAGAUCAAGCUGCACAACAUUCGGAAGGACCCAGAAGAAAUGGACAGACGCCACCGGUAUGUCAUGGAGCUCCGAAACUCGAGAAUGUACCAGCCUCUCACUCAAGACGAAAUCACAAUAUUCAAAAGAAAGAAGAGGAUCAAGAGAAGAGCUUUCCUGUUCCUGAGUUACAUCCUCACUCACUUCAUCUUUCUGGCUCUCUUGCUGAGCCUAGUCGCCGUCCUGCGCCCCACUGACAGCUUUUACUAUAAUCAGUUUAUUCGCGACCAGUUCUCUGUGGAUCUGGCAGGCGUGGCCAGGCUGGAAGACAUCUAUCAGUGGCUGAACAGGGUGCUGUUGCCUCUGCUCCACAAUGACCCGAAUCCCACAUUUUUCCCUGAUAGCUCCUCUAAAAUCCUUGGCCUGCCACUGAUGAGGCAGGUGAGGGCACAACCUGGAGAGAUAACGUGUAUGCCGGCCAAGAAAUUUGUGGAGGGCAGCCUCAAAGGAGAGAUUCGCUGUCACCCCGAAUAUGGCAUUGACCCAGAAGACACAAAAAACUACUCUGGGUCAUGGAAUAGAGUUAGUAAGCGGGACACUGACCAGACGGCCGGAGGGUUUACUUACAGGCUUCCAGAGAAGAGGUGGGCGUACUCUUCCUAUGGGCUGCUGCACACCUAUGGCUCAGGAGGAUACGCCUUCUAUUUUUUUCCAGCAGAGCAGCAGUUUAAUUCCACACUGAGGCUCAGCGAGCUCCAGAAAGGCCACUGGCUGGAUGAGAAGACCUGGUCUGUGAUAGUGGAACUGACCACCUUCAAUCCAGACAUCAGUCUCCUCUGCAGCGUCUCGGUCCUCUUCGAGGUCUCUCAGUUAGGUGUUGUGAACACGAGCCUGCAUGCACACUCCUUCUCGCUCGCUCAUUUCAACAGAAAAUACUCAGCCGACUCAGCAGAAAACUACCUGUACUUGGCCAUCUUCAUUUUCUUCCUUGCCUACACUGUUGACGAGGUUUAUGUAAUCACACAAGAAAGGACUGCCUACGUGCAAAGUGUAUAUAAUUUGCUCAACUUUGCUCUAAAAUGCAUCUUUACCUUGUGGAUCGUGCUCUUUGUCAGGAAGCACUUCUUGGCCAUCGGUGUAGUUCGGGCUUACCUGUCAAAUCCUGAGGAUUUCAUUCCCUUUCACGCAGUGGCUCAAGUGGAUUACACCAUGAGGGUGAUUCUGGGUUUCCUGGUGUUUCUGACGAUCCUGAAGACGCUCCGGUAUUCCAGGGUCUUUUACGAUGUGCGUCUGGCUCAGAGGGCCAUCCAGAUUGCCCUUCCUGGCAUCUGCCACAUGGCAUUGGUGGUGUCCGUGUAUUUCUUUGUCUUCAUGGCAUUCGGGUACUUGGUGUUCGGGCAGCAUGAGUGGAACUACAGUGACAUGAUCCACGCCACCCAGACCAUAUUUUCCUACUGUGUCUCAGCUUUUGAGAACACGGAAUUUUUCAAUAACCGGGUUCUCGGGGUCCUCUUUCUCUCAUCUUUCUUGCUGGUGAUGAUCUGUAUAUUGAUCAACUUAUUUCAGGCAGUGAUUCUGUCUGCCUACGAGGAAAUGAAGCAGCCCGUGUAUGAGGAGCCCUCAGAAGAGGCGGAAGCCAUGACUUAUCUGUGUCACCGGGUAAGAUCUGCUUUUUGCUGCCUGUGCUUCAAACCCAGGGCGGAAGACGAGCCCAGGUUCUUCAUCAACAUGGUGUACGGGCAGCCGGAGAAGAAGAGCCGCCGCUACCUGGGGCUGAAGACCAGAAACAUCAAUGGGAAGAAAAUGGUUUACCUCGUCGUGUGAUCCGUGGCAAUGUUGAGGCCCACAGGCAGGUUUCUCCAAAGGCUCAGUUUCUGGGGUCGAGGAGCGUUUCGCGGCUCAGUGUGUUUCCCACCCGUAUUGUUCACAGUGCACCCCGCGUCUGGACGCGUCUGCAGUGGGGGCCUCCACGCGUGGGACUUGAAAGGAGGGUCAAGGUCAUUGUGGCCUCUGCGGAGAGAGGAGGGCAACCAACUUUCUUCGAAGUUGCUGUCUUUGGCACCGACUGCAGUUUAGAGGGUUAGAGACCUAGAUUUGGGGGAGGGAGCUGAAAGGACCCCCAGCCUCAUCUCAGCUUGUCAGAAGCAGCAGGUGAAUGCUCCUGCUGUCCCGGUCCCUCUCCCCCCGAGGCUGGGAGGCCAGGGCUGGUUGAGGGCAGAUCCCAGGUCCCUCGGCCGUGCUGGCCCUUCCCUUUGCUGAUGGGGCUGCAGAGCCUCCCCGCCUCCUUACUUCCACCACACGCACUCCAGCUGGGCAGGGCUGGAGGGGCCUCGUGAGGGGUCCCAGGAGUGGCCCUUGUGCCUGGAAAUGGAGGGAUGUGGACCAGGGCGCAGCAAUCUGAAGCUUCCCAUCUGCUCUUAAGGCCACUGCAAGUUAUGGAUGUAACGUAUUUCUGGCCACGAGACAUGACUUUUGUUAAACAAGAAGGGUGUGUGUGUGUGUGUGUGUGUGUGUGUGUGUGUGUGUGUGCAUGCUGUCAAGUUCACACUGAAAGGUAGUAAGUGUUCUAUGCAGUGAGUGUAACCAUAUAUAUAUCUCUCUCUCCAGGAUUUGGGCUUUGUUCAUUGAUGGCCUGGAGGGUUGUUUAGAACACAUUGUUUAAGAAAAUUGGUUAACAGCUCCUGUAUUUUCAACCCAAAGCACUUUCCUUUAUGUUAAUGUCAU